GAGAACUUGAGUGAAACCGAGGGUUGGAUAUGAUUGGAUAUACGCUGCUGCUCCUGGGAAUUUUGGCCUUUGCGCAAGCGCAGAUGCUGAAUGACACAAGUGGCCUGGCUGUCCAGGAGCCUGGCCUGUGGCGCCAGGGAAGAAGAAGGAGUGUCUUGGCGGACAGCUGCCUCACCAACAGCGGCACCACCGGCACCUGCCUCACCCGCUUCAAGUGCAUGCGGCAAUCGGGUACCGUCAACGGAUACUGCGGAACCUACGGUGUUUGCUGUGAAACAAACCUACAAGUGGGAUCUUCAACGCGUCAGAAGCGAACUAUAAUAAAGAAUCCUGGCACAAUAUCCAGUGAUUUGAAUACCUACACGAUCGAGGCCUUUAGCAGCAAUGUUCAGCAGUUGAGAAUUGAUUUUGAGCAGUUUGUGAUGCAGCAGCCCACCGAUACGGAUGGGGUUCUUGAGUGCCUGGACUAUUUCGAGGCGGGCGGCUUCAAGUUGUGCGGCGUGAACGAUGGCCAACACCUGUACCUGCCCUUCAAUGCUGCUGCAGGCGUUGAUCAGGUGACCCUCACAUUUGCCGUGACCUCCAGAGGAACUGCCCCCAUUUGGAGGCUGAUUGUGACCCAGCUGGAGGGGCCACCGGCGAGUAGCCGCCGGCGUUCCAGCACUUCUGCCGGCCUGGGCGCCUCCACCAAUUCUCUGCAGGAUCUGCGCGACAUUUUUGCCACCCAUCACGCCGACUACGAGCUGCUGGCUCCGCCGGGUUGCCAACAGUACUAUACGGAUACAUCGGGAACCAUUCGCAGCUUCAACUUCCAGACCUCAGUGGUCAGCAACUAUAUGCCCGACUUAAGCUACAAUAUCUGCAUCAAGUCUGUGACCAGUGCCAGCAUGAUCGAAUACUCCUUCAGCAAGUUCUCCAUGUCGGUGCAGUCGGAUACCAGCGAGGGGUACGACGAGUUCUGCCACGCCACUGUCCACACGGCCGGCAGGCAGGAGGACUAUUUGAUGAUACCGCAGGGCAUUCUGGCCAAAAACAUGGCCUACCAGCCUACAUACUACUGCGGCACCAACGACAACCUACUGGUAUAUGCUUCGCCGCCCUAUUUGAUGCACUUCUCCAGCGAUGAGAUCACUUUGAAUCGGGACGUGGAGACGGGCUUCAGCAUGACCUAUCGCCUGAGGAACUCGCUCCUUUAAAAUCAUGUACUUUGAAAUAGCUUGGAUAGUUUCUCGCCUAGAAUUUAAUAAACUCGAAUGUCUUUAAGCAAUAA